AUGAACGAUCAGAACGUGGGCAGCUCUUACCUGUGGUCACAGCUUGUGCCCGUGGAAACCCAGCGCUUGCUGGCGGAGCCAGUCCCUGGGAUAAAAGCAGAGCCAGAUGAAAGCAACGCACGCUAUUUUCAUGUGGUCAUUGCAGGUCCACAGGAUUCCCCCUUCGAGGGUGGGACAUUUAAACUUGAACUAUUCCUUCCAGAAGAAUAUCCAAUGGCAGCUCCUAAAGUACGUUUCAUGACCAAAAUUUACCAUCCUAAUGUAGACAAGCUGGGAAGAAUAUGUUUAGAUAUUUUGAAAGAUAAAUGGUCCCCAGCUUUGCAGAUUCGUACAGUUCUGCUAUCAAUCCAGGCUUUGUUAAGCGCUCCCAAUCCAGAUGAUCCACUAGCAAAUGAUGUAGCUGAGCAAUGGAAGACCAAUGAAGCCCAAGCCAUAGAAACAGCCAGAGCAUGGACUAGGCUAUAUGCCAUGAAUAAUAUUUAAAUGCGCUUUGAACAUCAAGUGUGCAUCACUUCUCCUGUUCUGCCAAGACCUCUUCCUUUUUUUGUUUGCAUUUAAUGGACACAGUCUUAGAAACAUUACAGAAUAAAAGCCCAGACAUCUUCAGUCCUUUGGUGAUUAAAUGCACAUUAGCAAAUCUGUGUCUUGUCCUAAUUCACUAUUGUACCGCAUGAGCAGAGGCUAGAAGUAUCAUCUGGAUUGUUGUGAAAUUGUUUGAAAGCAGCAGCACAUCUCUGCUUUUAAUCAUUUUUCCCGUCAUGGUUUAAGUAUAAGCACUGUGAAUGAAGGUAGGCAGGGUUAGCUGCGGGGCUUUUUGUUUUAAUUUUGUGGGCUCCUCCUCCCUUUUUAUGGUGAUGCUAAUUGCAUUGGUAAAAGCAGCUAACCAGUUAUACUUUAGAAUAUACCCUCUAGCCCAGUCUAACUUAGACGCUGUAGAUGGACAAGCUUCAUUGUUUGAACAAAAAAUGGGAACAUUAAACAUCCACCACCUUCACUAAUAAUAUUGUGAUUCUGCUGUCAAGUGUAGAAAAAUCCCUCCAAGAAAAAGCUUGUGACCAUUUUGUAUGGCUUGUCUGGAAAAUCUCCUGUAAAUCUUAUGUUUUAGUAAAAUAUUUUUUGUUAUUCUACUUUGCCUUUGUACAGUUUAUUUUGCUGUGUUUUCAUUUCUCUAAUGUGACAAUCGUAUUUAAAAAAAUUGAAUCCAGAGUUGACAAUUUGUCUUCACCAGUCUGACAGAUUAAACAGUAAAGAGGUGGAGUUCACAAGGGUUUUUUUUUUUUUUACUUCCGUUUACUGACUUUUUUUAAUAGUUUAUGUUAUGUGGGUGACCUUACCUGGUCAAUUUAACAUGAAAUUGCAUUUGGAGUGACUUUUAGAAACAAGUCUGAUGUAACAAUUGUAACCAUAAUUUUAGUAAUGCGUCUAUAUGUAUUUUCAUGGAAAUAACCAGAAUGAAGUAGGAGGUUGAGAGAAAACGACAGCACUAAUUAUGAGUAUCUACAUAACGUCUCAUUGCUGAUUGUCAUCAGAUGUUAUGCAGCACGGUUUUCUAACUUCUUUAAUUCCUGCCCUCUCUUAACAUGAAAAACCAGUGUGUAGAACCACUGUUAUAGCCAGCUUGUGUAUUGACUGAUGUCUGCUUAACCACUUACAGCCAGCACCUCAUAACACUGGUUUUCUCUACAAGCCUUAUUAAACUACUUACUUGAGCAACUGCUCAUCUUAAAUAGCAACAAAGCUUCUUUAUUGGAGGGGAGGAAAGUGAUGAACAAAUUCCUUCUCAUCCUUGUAUUUUGUGUAUGCAUCUUGUCUGGGAACCCAGGAUCUUUUCUGGGAACCCAUCUAAUCGCUUCCCUUCAUUUCUUGUGUUUCUGUUCUCUUCGUUUCCCUAAGCCCUCUCCCUCACAAAAACAAACAAACAAACAAAAAAAGGAAAAAAUAAAAACUUAAAAGCUUUUGGUGAGGCCAACCUGAAGUGUAUAAAUGAUGGCUUGUAGUGGUUGCAGUAGGGAGUGUUUUGUCAUGCAGUUCAGGGGUAUGGUUAUGUAGUCUGUUGGUAUUCUCCCUCUUUCACCUCUUCUUACUCGUGUCAUCUGAAAUUUCUAUAGAAUGUGGUGUAUUUAUUGUGCUCUUAUGUAAGAUGAAGAAUAUCUAUUAAAAACUACGUUUUCCAACAGACAGUGCUUUCAGUGGUUAGUGACCGGUAUUGUCCCUCAGCGUCCUCUGUAACAUGGUUGAAGCUUAGUUCAGUAUUCAGCUUUUUCACAAAACUGACUUAUAAAAAAACUGUGUUGAAUGUAAGCCAAAGUUGUGUUCAGGGCUCAUGACAUGUCCUUCAGCUUGGGUAAGCACCAUUAACCCUGCCUUCUCCUUACAAACGAGCGUGUGUUUGGCUUUAGCUGGAGGAUGUCCCAUAGCUUCUGUUAGCGCGACAACUUUCACUGCAGGCAGCUGAGAAUAAGUGAGCUGUAGACUCUGGAUUCACUUCUCCUACCUCUUAAAGCUUUACGUUACACCACAUAUGCAGCUUUCCUCAGCUGUCUCUCGCCCAAGGGUGAGUGACACUCCCAGAGGACAGUCGGACAGUCAGACCCACCUAAGCAUCCUGUUUGAAAGUGGCUUUCCCUUCCUUCAGUAGAGAAACUGGACCUGAGCUGGCACUUAAAACAAUGAAACUUCAUAGGUGGGAUGAAUCCAGACCCAGAUGAUGUAUAUUAAAUAAUACUUAUUUUACUUUUAAACCUGAUUUAAGAGCCCUGUAUAAAGUCAAACUGGGAAUUUCAUUCUAGCUUAUGCCGAGGAACAUGUGAAACUAAAUUCUUCAAAGCCAGUUAGGUAUAACCUUUUCCUCAGUUAAGCAGGUGUGUAUUCCCAGCUGUUACGUGAAACUCAGUUAUUUCUGUUACAUCUGCCAUUGCAGCUGAUCAGCAAAUGCAGCUAUCUUUUAGGGAGCAGUAGUUUUAUCUCAGUUUUUAGUAUGUGUCUAUUGGAAAUGGGUUUCCUCUACCAUUACUGGUGCUAUGUGUCAAAUGUCCUAAAAUCCUGAGCAAGAGUGAUGAAUUGCAUUUUAUAUGUUAGUGUUUGGGUAGUAACUGUGUAGCUGUUGAGCCUGGGUUGUCGCAUGGGCUCUACAGCCACACAUGGAAAAUACUUUUGUGGUAGUUUCCUGUAGAUCAAGAGGAGGGAUUGGAAGGCUUUUGGUUUUGCAUAAACAUUCAGUGGUGGUUUCUUAAUGUGUAGCCAUGUUCUCUCAUGGAUGUGAAGUGUAUGAUCAUUUGGACCUGAUGGAACAGGUGUUUUGUAUUUUAGCUGACUAGUCUAAACCAAGUGAAACAUUGCUUCUAUAGCUUUCAAGAAAGUGUAUUUCUAACACAUCGAGACUAUUGUGAAACAUCUUAAUGGACUAGUGACAUAAAAAAUUGUGACAUCUCUAUUUAUAUACAUUCCUUCUUGGGUUGGUUUGGUUGUUUUGGUUUUUUUUUUGAGGGUUAAAGUAAAUGUCUGGUAGGUUUUGUUAAUAACAUGUCUUGACUGUAAUGUAAUAUGACACUGAAAUAAAAGGAAGAGUGAUUA